AAUAGUACCAGCCGUGUUGUAAUAGUCACAACUUCGUAACGAGUGCGCAUCGACUAUGCCUCAUUCUGAGCAAGAUGGCCGAGGGGCCAAGCGCCAGAGGCUUACUGUUUCAUCACAAUCAAACGCACAGGGCCAUCAGUCGAGAAUUUUUGCGCCUUAUCGGACUAUAGGGCUUGUUUCUCCGACCAACGUUCCUUUCACCACCGUGCCUUUGGGAAAGACCACAUUUCAGCUGACAACCUCUGUUGGUCGGUCCUUACAAACAUACGACUUACGGCGCGGCCUCAACCUGGUCUUCAUAACGAGACCACAGACCCCUUCCGAUAUAACGGCAACAUACGCUUGGAGACAAAAGGUUUUUGCGGCUUUUGGUGAUUCGCAAAAUGGAGAAACUCAGGGCAUUUGGAUCUUUCAACGGGGAAAGAAGGCUGCUGAGUUAGAAAUACCGCUUGAUUUACAUGAGCCGGUAAAACAAAUUCUGGUAUCUGGCUCUUGGAUCAUUGCCUGCUGUCUGACCAGAAUUGAAGUAUGGAAAACGGAGAAUCUGGAACACUACACGACCUUGUUCACAAUGGCUUCAACGAAAGGCGACAACGAGCUCACCGGCGGGAUGUCCACCAUGCCAACAUUCCUCAACAAGGUAUUUGCGGCGCGACGGGAUGGUUGGGUAGAGAUCUGGAAUGUCUCUACCGGAAAACUUAUAUACACCGUCCUCCCGCCAUCGCCUGAAUGUGGCGCAGUGACCUGUCUUCAACCUUCGCCGGCACUUUCGCUCAUGGCCAUAGCAUACUCGAAUGGAUCGCUGAUUAUUCACAAUGUCUUGACGGACAAGACCGUUUUACAAGUCAACGCGGGGACCGAGGACGCGCCCGUGACUGCCAUAUCCUUCCGCACGGAUGGGCAAGGUGCUGGACAUGAUGGUCGCAAGGACGGUGUCAUGGCUACUGCAACAUCUUCGAGUGGAGACAUUACCUUCUGGGAUCUAAACAAAGGUGGAAGGGUCAUGGGCGUUCUCCGGAGUGCGCACAACCCCCCGUCUGGAGACGGCCCUUCUGUUCGCGGAGGAGUUAGCAAAAUUGAAUUUCUUGCCGGUCAACCUGUUAUUGUUACCAGCGGACGAGAUAAUUCACUGAAAACAUGGAUUUUCGACGAAUCACCGUUCUCGCCAAUACCGCGCGUUCUUCACUCAAGGAGCGGACAUGCUGGGCCCGUCACCUCUUUACAGUUCUUGCCGUCCGACUUCGAUGGCGCAGAUGCUGGAAAUAAGUGGCUGCUCAGCUCAGGCCAAGAUCGCAGUCUAUGGGGCUGGAGUCUUCGCAGGGAUGGGCAAAGCACCGAGCUUAGCCAGGGCAAUAUUCGCAAGAAAGCUAAGAAGUUUGGUGUUCUUGAUAACAAUGUCCUGAAGAACGGCCCAACGACAUCACUUGACGACCUCAAGGCUCCGGAAAUUACCUGCAUAGCCUGUUCCCUCAACCGAGAUGGUGGUAUGGGAGCUAUGCCCGGAAAACAGGCCAUGUGGCAAAAGUCACAAGACCGCAAGAAUAAGCCAUCUGACGCAGAGUUGAGUGGUGCGACUGGUUGGGAAAGUGUUGUGACAGCGCACAAGAAUGAUUCUUAUGCUCGAACGUGGUUCUGGGGACGAAAACGUGCUGGCAGAUGGGCUUUCCCCACGAGCGACAGGACGAAUGUUUCUACAGUGGCGAUAAGUUCAUGCGGUACUUUCGCUGUCGUAGCAUCUGAAGGAGGUUGCAUCGACAUGUACAACCUUCAGUCCGGGCUACACCGCCAGAGAUACCCUUCUACUGUAACCCCAGCUCAAGCAAGACAGGCCAAGCUGCAACAACUAAGACAAGCUGAUAGCAUCUUGCAACUAGAAGCGCGAUCGACAACUGGAUUCGGUGUCGGGGUCGGAAAACACACGAAAACCGUAACAGGUGUCAUUGUUGACUCUAUGAACAAGUAUAUUAUCAGCUGCUCGUUGGACGGUAAGAUCAAGUUCUGGGAGUUUCUGACUGGUAGACUCGUGCAUGAAAUCAGCUGGGCUCCCAUGACAGCAAUCACGGGUUGUCGAUACCACGCCGCAAAUGACCUCAUUGCUUUUUCAUGCGACGAUGGUUCGAUCAGGGUUGUGGAUACCGAAACGAAGCAGACGAUUCGAGAGUUCUGGGGUUGCCAAGGGAAGAUUAACGACUUCACUUUCUCAAAUGAUGGGCGCUGGAUUGUGGCUGCCUCUCAAGAUGCUGUCAUUCGAGUGUGGGACUUGCCUACGAGUCACUUGAUCGAUGCCAUUCGGUUGGAACAGCCUUGCACUGCGCUAGCGUUCUCGACGACUGGUGAAUAUCUCGCUGCAGCGGCUGAAGGCCAGCUGGGGGUCAAUAUCUGGACCAACAAGACAUUGUUUACGCAUGUGCCUACCAGACAGAUUUCUGAAAAGGAGGUAGGCCAAGUUGCAGGACCAACCACUUCUGGGGAAGGCGGCCAAGGAUUGAUUGAAGCUGCGUUCGAGGAGGAGGUCCCUGCGGACGAAGAUACUGUGGCUGCUCCUUCAAUCGACCAGCUGAGCUCCGACAUGAUGACACUCAGUCUUGUGCCACGUAGCCGAUGGCAGACUCUACUGCACCUCGAUCUCAUCAAGCAGAGGAAUAAACCCAAGGAAGCUCCAAAGCUACCCGAGAAGGCACCUUUCUUCUUGCCCUCGACCACGAAUUCAAUUAUGCCAAAGGCAGAUGACGCCACAGCAGCUGGCAAUGGGCACCAGAGCCUCUCGAGGAUUACUAGAUUCGACCACUCUUCUCGAAGUGAAGAGGCUUUCACCAGCAAGCUACGGGCUGGUGCCGAAACCGGAAACUACGACGAGUUCAUUGAGCACCUCAAAUCACUUUCUCCAUCAAGCGCUGAUCUCGAGCUUCGGUCGCUGUCUGCACACGAAGUGGAUGAUUCGAAUGAGCUACUUCAUUUCAUCCGGGCCCUGACCAGCCGCUUGAAGUCUCGUCGGGACUACGAGCUGACGCAAGCAUGGAUGACUGUAUUCUUGCGAUUGCAUUUUGAUAUGAUUAUGGAGAGCGAUACCCUGAUGGCAGCUUUGCAGGACUGGAAGAAGCAUCAAGCUGAGGAGUGUAACAGACUAGACAACCUGGUGGGAUACUGCAGCGGUGUCGUGGGUUUCCUGAGAAGCCCGCGUACAUAAUCAAUCGAUUGCCGGACCCCCUUCUUCUGGCAUACAUGAUAAGGAGUUGAGCAGACCUUACACAUAAUAUACCAGUCCUAGAUCGAUAUGUAAAGGUUUAGUUCUUUAGAGCUUGAGCGCGCCAGGGAAACCUCUCGGCCUUGCUUUCGGACUCUGUACCUCGUUGUACGGAUCCACCAGUGUUGAUUCCCCUCACCCACUCGGAUAUACUUUGAUAACGUUAUUGCAUCGAGUCAUAUGUUGACCUAGGUGUUUUACAAAGUAAUCGUAGUCAGAUUGUGUGACAGCCGAAUGAAUAUGUACAACUCAAAUUCAC